AUGCUCCGGUUCAGUGUGACAAUCGUUGUAAGCAUCGUACUCGUUCCAACCGUCAUCCUGCCACAGAUGGCGAACGGUCCAGAGCCAGACAUCCCGAGCUGGUUGACCAGCGCUACCAUCCAAUCGCAAAUCGCCAUCGUCUUCGAUCGUAUCGACAACAUCGAUAUCGUGCUGGACGAUCAUGCCAUUGAUCGCAUGGAUCAGCUGGACUACCUGGUUCGUCACCUACGAGGGAAAUCCAUCCGAAUUUACCAGGAAACGCGAACCAGUAACGGAGUAGACCGUGGUGGUUGCACUGCCAGUGUUCCCGAUCGCGAUUACGAUGAUGAGUACCAGCUUAUUCGGUGGGAUCGUACGUUUGGAUCGUUCGCGAAGAUUUGGGAGCAAAAUGAGCACGAUGGUUACGUAGUUUUUGGGAAUUUAAAUGUGUUUGAGAGGUUGGUAGAAUGUUUGGUUGGUCCGACUGGGACGUACCUGGUUCUGCCGGAUGGGAAACACGAGGAUCAGGUUGAACAGGAUCAAGUGUCCCGUUUGAUGCAUGACAUUUGGAAUCGCAAUGGCGCUUGCAGGGUGUUCACCUUGGUGGAGGAACGAAUCUACUGGUAUAAUCCGUUUGCAACUGAAGGGGAUGGUUAUGGUGCGUUGAAGGAAUUGAGCGAAGCGGUAGAAUUUCCUGAGAUUCCACGAAACGACUUCAAGGGAUACCCGUUGAGAAUCGAAAUGUUUUGGUCGACCUAUACGGUGCCAAUGAACGAGAGUGUACCUGAGGUUGAUUUUCUAGGACCUGAUGCUGAAGUUUGUCGGGCAUUGACCACGGCGUUGAACUUCACACCGUUAUACAUCCGCCCGGAUGGAGACAAUUUUGGGAAUCAGCUGCCAAACGGUAGCUUCAACGGGGCCAUCGGUCGACUUGCUCGACGCGAAAGCGACAUCGCGUUUGUUGGAUUCUUCGUUAAGGACUAUUUCAGUCGGGAUAUUGAGUUUACUACGGGAGUGUACAACGACGAGUUGUGCUGUUUGGUGAAGAAAGCGAGCCGAAUUCCAGAGUAUCUGCUUCCGAUCACCAUCUUUCCGACGGAUCUGUGGGGCGUACUGUUCCUGUCGGGGAUCGGCUUUUCGAUUAUUUGGACGGCUAUUCGAGCGGUUAUACGGAUCGCUGUUGGCUCUCGCGUCACAUGGAGUGAAGAUCAACGACUAGGUCACCUAUUCAACCUGUCGAACGAAACCCGCGAUGCUCCCACGUACCGCAAAGUGAUGCGGAUAUGCGUUGAUAGCUACAUCAUAUGGGUAAGUGCUCCCUUCCGUCGAUUCACCCGAUCCAGCAUCGAACGCCUAAUGCUCUUCGGGAUGAUGCUGGUCAGUUUAAUCUUCAUAUCUAUGUUUCAAUCGAGUUUGGCUUCCGUUUUUCUGAAUCCAGUGUACUACAAGGACAUAGAUACCCUAGAGCAGUUGGAUAAAUCCGGAAUAAAAAUCGAAGUCAAGUACCGAGGCUUCAUGGAUGACGUCUUUCCUGCCAACAACAGUCCAACGAUGGACGCCUUGCGGAGUAAAAUGGUCUAUGAGCCGAUCCCGGGAUCAAUGCCAUAUCGAGUGGCUCAGCUAGGGACCAUUUCUACGGUAACCCGGAAAACGACACUAUCUCUGGACAACGCCGUCUUCUUGUCCACAAAUCAACUGCACAUGGUCAGAGAAUGUCCCAGAACGUACAGUCUGGCUUACGUUGUUCAAAGGCAUUCGGUGCUCUUGGAAAGGAUCAACACCUUGAUUUCGAGGAUGUUCGACGGCGGACUUAUCAACCAUUGGAUCUCGGAGAUAAACUUCAAUACGACCAUCAGGGAUUGGGAGCAAAUUAGGAAUUCCCAGGACGCGAACUUCAAGAUUUUGACUCUAGUGGACAUGCAGUUCCCGUUCUAUCUGCUGGCUAUUGGAAUAUGUGUGAGUACGAUUGUUUUCAUAGUUGAGCACGUGCAUCACAGGAUUGGAAAGACCCGACGAGCCAACAGCAACAACGGCAUGGCCUUCUGA